AUGUCCGAGAUAAUCUACGGCGUGACGCCGCCAAUCUCGACCACUCUGCCGACCGAGCCAGAGAAACGACUGAACCAUGCGCUGCACCAAGAAUUGCGCGCGCAGGGUACUUUCGAGAGCCCUCAGGAAACGGAGAAGAGAAAGGAGGUUUUGCGCCAGCUCGAGAAGAUCACAACUGUUUUUGUCCAGAGGGCGGCGGCCCAAAAAGAGCCCAAGAACACUUUUAUGAUUCGCGACGCGAUCGGCCGCGUGUUUACAUAUGGCAGUUACCGCUUGGGCGUCUACGGACCCGGCUCCGAUAUGGAUACUCUCGUCGUAGCGCCGAAAUAUGUUACGGUUGAACAGUACUUUGAGAUCUUUCCCGAAGUCCUCGUCGAGAUGGCGCCGCCCGGGGCCAUCACCGACCUCACCCCCGUGCCCGAAGCCUUCGUGCCCAUCAUCAAGUUCGAGUUCUCUGGCAUCAGCAUCGAUCUCAUCUUCUGCUCCAUCCAGACAUUGAAGCAGUUGCCGGACGAGAAGAAUUGGAGCUUGGCCGACAACAAUCUCCUUCGCGGCCUCAGCGAGAACGAAGUGCGCUCGCUCAACGGAACAAGAGUAACAGACGACAUCUUGCACCUCGUCCCCGAACCGGCCACUUUCAAGCUUGCCCUCCGAGCCAUCAAGCUCUGGGCCCAACGUAAAGCCAUAUACGCCAACAUCAUGGGUUAUCCUGGUGGUGUUGCAUGGGCUAUGCUCGUCGCUCGGGUUUGCCAACUCUACCCCAAGGCCACGAGCGCGGUAGUCGUCAAUAAAUUUUUCCACAUCAUGUUCAAAUGGCCUUGGCCCCUUCCCGUUCUCCUCAAGGACAUCGAGUACGGUAGUCCCGUCACGCGAGUUCCUGUGUGGAAUCCCAAGUCAUCGCGGCGAGCAGGACCAAAAAGGCACAGAACGUCUGGUCGGGCUUCGUCGAAUCGCGGGUGCGGCUGUUGGUUAACAGACUUGAGGGGCACCAUUCUAUUGCCCUGGCCCGGCCCUUCAACAAGGGUUACGACAGAGAACACCGAUGCAAGAACAAUAGGCAGCUGGGAAGAGGUGGUAUCUGUGGGCAGCCUCGCUUACGUGUACAAGCCCCCCGCCGAUAGCGAGGAGAAGGCCAAGGCCGAACCCAAGGUCGAGCCGAAGCGGGAGGUCAAACAGGAGAUCAAGGCGGAAAACCGCGAACCGGCGGCGGCGGAGGAGAAACUCGAAACGAGGGGCGAAGACGGCAUGCGAAUUAAGCAGGAGCAUUCGGAAUCGACCCAGCCUCCGCCGCCCUCCAACGUCAAGCCCGAACCCCACCACGACACCAACAGCGAGGUCAAGCUGGAGGACAUCCCCCAGAAGAAGAAAGAUGAGCCGGAUGAAAUGGAGAUCUAUACCACUAACCACUACAUCGGGCUGCAGUUGGUCGAGGGCGCCAAGUCGCUCGACCUGUCGCGCGAGGUGAACGACUGGAAGUCCAUGUGCACGUCCAACGAGCUCUUCGACGAGGGCCUCAUGUUCCUGUCCAUCCAGCACCUCAAGAACACGAACCUGCCCGAUGACGUGUUCGAACCCGGCGAGACGAAGCCCCGUCCGGUGAAGAAGAAUCUCAAGCGCGCCGCGUCCGAGGGGCCCGGUAAUAUGCAGCCCCAGCCACCCGUUAAGAGACACGCUCCGGGUAAGCCGUCCAGUCACUCGGCGCAGCAGCAGCAACAACAGCAACAGAAACAACGACAGCAACGCCCCGCUUCCACGGCGGCGGCGGCAGUGGCUGGUUAG